AUGAUGGAGUCUCACGAUCAGCCGCCCCAGGACGUCCUCCUCCACCACCAUGCCGACGACACACUCGGCGGCAUCGACGGCUCGCCGCGUGUCGACUCACCCUCCCAGAACAAUGGCAUCAGCCGGCCCGAUAGCCGACUCCGACAUGGCCAGAGCCAGUCCCUCGACCACGGCAUCUCCUCCCAUUCCCCACACCCAGAAGAGGCAGCCGCCCAUCAAGACGAAUAUCAUCAGCGCUACACAAACACCCCUCCAAUCCCCGCAGCUCCUGCCGCCUCCAUCUCCCGCCCUGCGUCAGGCCUCUCGGGCGCCGGCGCCGCCACCAAUAACAGCAAUAAUGCGCCGCAACAGCAACAACAAUAUGGAGGCAGCGAGCACGGAUCACGAGGGGGCAGCGGCCAGAGCGCCGAGGCAGCCGCCAGCAAUGCAGCCGCCAACGGCCGAAACCACGUCGUAAUAAAGGUCGGCAUGGUGGGUGACGCACAGAUCGGCAAGACGAGCUUGAUGGUCAAGUACGUCGAGGGCAGCUGGGACGAGGACUACAUCCAGACACUGGGUGUCAACUUUAUGGAGAAGACAAUCUCCAUCCGCAACACGGAAAUCACUUUCUCCAUCUGGGACUUGGGCGGCCAGCGCGAGUUCGUCAACAUGCUGCCGCUCGUAUGCAACGACGCCGUCGCCAUUCUGUUCAUGUUCGACUUGACGCGAAAGAGCACACUCAACAGCAUCAAGGAGUGGUACCGACAGGGACGUGGGUUCAACAAGACGGCCAUUCCCAUUCUCGUGGGCACCAAGUACGACCACUUUGUCAACUUUCCCAGGGAAGACCAGGAGGAAAUCUCCAACCAGGCUCGUCGCUUUGCCAAGGCAAUGCGCGCCGCCCUCAUCUUCAGCAGCACAAGCCACAGCAUCAACGUGCAAAAGAUCUUCAAGAUUGUGCUGUCCAAAGCCUUCGAUCUCAAAUGCACGAUUCCUGAGAUCGAGAACGUCGGCGAACCCCUCCUGCUCUACCAAAGCUGCUGA